AUGUCCACUUCUCAGACUGACCUAAUUGUUCAGCCACUAAUAUCCAAAAACGUCAUCACAAACGUCAAGUGCAGUGAUCCAUUAUACCGAGUCGAGUUGCCUGGACUUGAACCCCUAACUAGUCGCGACCUUCCUUCAUUUCUAGUUCCUUCUAACGCUUACGCUUUUGUUCUUUCGUUGUUUGCAGAACAGUUAGAGAUGCUUAACAAAGAAACCAAUCCAAAAAUAUUGGUAAACACUUUUGAUGCUUUAGAACACAGAGCCCUAAAAGUCAUUGAUAAGUUCAACAUGAUUGGGAUUGGACCAUUACUUCCAUCUGCCAUUCUUGACGGGAAUGAUCCGUCGGAUACCUGUUUUGGCGCUGAUCUUUUCCAAAACUCAAAGACUAGUUACAAAGAAUGGCUAAACUCGCAACCAAAAUCAUCGGUUGUUUAUGUCUCAUUUGGGAGUAUUUGUAUCUUAUCCAAAAAGCAAACAGAAGAAAUCGCUCGAGGGUUACUGAAGAGUAAUCGACCAUUCUUAUGGGUUAUAAGGGAAGACCCAAAUAAGAAACAAGAAGAAGAAGAUGGAGAUAUAAGUUGUAGAAAGGAAUUGGAAGAGAAAGGGAUGAUAGUGCCUUGGUGUGAUCAAGUAGAGGUUUUAUCUAAUCAAUCGUUAGGAUGUUUCAUAUCUCAUUGUGGCUGGAACUCCACACUAGAGAGCUUAGUUUCAGGAGUCCCAGUGGUGGCUUUUCCACAAUGGACAGAUCAAGGAACAAAUGCAAAGUUGAUUGAAGAUGAUUGGGAGAUAGGGGUAAGGGUUGUGCCAAAUGAAGAAGGAAUAGUAGAAGGUGAGGAGAUAACAAGGUGUUUAGACUUGGUUAUGGGAGAUGGAGAGAAAGGAAAAGAUGUAAGAAAAAAUGCUAAAAAAUGGAAGGAUUUGGCGAGAGAAGCUGUCAAGGAAAGUGGGUCUUCGGAUAAGAAUCUUAAGGCUUUCGUUGAUGAGGUUUUGUCUUGAAUUAUAACGAAGAGAAGGGUGUUGGAAAUGAUUCCAUCUUCUAUCCUAUGUUUCCAAACUCUCUGUCGUAUUGGUUUUUAAAUUUGAUUUCUUUGUGGUUUAUGGUUUGUUUGUAAUAGGCUGCGCACAGUAUUCCAUAGAAUCCAACCAAACCGAAAAAAUCUAUUAAACCCAAUCGGAACAAAAGAGGAUAGGUCUUAUAAGAACCAGUACCACACCUAACGCAAUUUAUGUUUCAGGUUUUGGUUUUAUAAAGAACGGCACCAGAACCGAAUUGGAAAACCAAUUUAUAAAUAUUUUUUAUUUUUAUCUCUAUUUACUAAUAAAGAUUAUGUAUACAUUGUACUAUUUA